AUGGUUGAAGGGAACGAGUACGAGGCCGCACCACAGGUGCGUGCACAGCACCACUCAACCUACGUUCGGCAUGGCCUCACGGCCCAGGAUCAGAAAAUCUACGAGCCAAUGCAAGACAUGCAGACCCCCGAAAGCUCACAACAGUUGAGUUCCCUCCAAGAUGUAGCUACCAAUGACCAGGGCCCUGAACUUCCUCCCUGCGUCAUCCUCUCCAACGUCACGGGUUAUGCCGCCUUUCUCAAUGGCACUUAUCACCGCCUCGUCAAUUGCUCUUUCGACAAGCGUUUUCGCAGAGUCACAUCUCAUAUCGCGGUCGUGGGCCAUGGCAACCAUGGCAGUGCGGUCUAUCGACUCCAGGGAACGGUGCCUCACAGUGCAACCGCAGCCCCCAGCGACUUCCUUUACUUGUACUACAAGCAUCGCCAGGCUGCUUGGGCCAUUGGCUUGAAAAUCGGGUCCUCGGGUGUGCUUGCCUAUCGCAAGACCGAAGCUUUGGACCCCGUCGUGGGUGACUCCCAUUGGAUGCUCUCCGAUGUGGACGGAAAGUUUAGGCGCGAAACCCAGGUGACACUUGUGGCCGCUAAUGGCCUUACUAUCACGGGCUCGCCCGAAGAGCUCAACUGUGCCUCUGCAACCGCGAUGCCCAUGGGCUGUCUCCCAAUGGACGUUUCGCGAGGCCGUUCUGAGCGUCUUUUGAAACGUGCCAUGGAUGAAGGCGCGAGUCCCGGUACGGAUUCUGCGCCUGCACCGGCUUUGUCCCUCUGCCAGCCGACGCCCUGUGAACCACGUGGCUUGCAUGAGGAGCACCAACAGACUAAUAUGUCAACCAACUGCCAACGCUCGACCUGCACCCGCCUCCCUCUGAUAGGAAGCUACGUCAUCCGUGCCUCAACCAGCACUCCCAACGCGUACAUUCUCAGCGCCAUUGAUGAGCAACGGCAUAUCGUUCACGUGCGCAUCGACGAGAAGAACGGUUUUCAUCUGGGUCAAUGGAGUGCGCCGACUGUUCCAGAGUUGAUUGACUGCAUGCAGGGACGCGUCUUUCUCACGGCCAGCGGCGAGCGCGUGCCGCCCCUUAAGAAACAGCUGAUGCCCGCAGAUUUUGGCAUGUAA